AUUAAAUUAAUAUUAAGAUCAAUAUUAUUUUAUAAUGGCAGUAUUGAUUGAAGUAGGUACCUUAUGUUUCGCAGAGAAAUAUGUCGACGGCCUCGGCGCCGUGGAGUAACUUUAUAACACUGCCACCACCAGGAAGCAGAAGUCACGGUGCGCCUACCCCAUCACAUGCGGGACUACCUUCACAUGGUCACCAUCAUCCUGGUCCCGGUGGAGCCGCGCAUCCCUCACAAGUUGCGUCUCAGCAGCAGCAGCAGCAACAGCAACAGCAGCAGCAUCACCAACAAGAGCGACAGAGGCGUGAACGUGAGGAGCAUGAUGCGCGAGAACGUGAACGUGAACGUGAGCGAGAACGUGAACGGGAACGAGAACGUGAACGUGAGCGUGAACGAGAUGUUCAAGCUAGAGAGCAGCGGGAACGUGAGCGUGAGCAUCUGGUGGCUGCUGAGCGGCUACAUAGACAAGCUGAGGCUCGUGAGCAUCAAAGAGCUGCUGCGUAUUAUGGAGCUACUGCCCCAUCUACUGCUCAACAGGUAUUACGAUCGUCAAGUGUACCAAGCAAAGUUGAGUACCCACCACCUCCAGCGCAUUCUCGUACCUCAAAAUCAUCACUGUCAGUAGUAAAUUUACAUGACAAGCAGCAAGUAGUGGGACCUCCACACAGCCUUCCAAAAGCCGAACCAAAUGUUAGUUUGUUCACCUACCCAGCGUACACAACCUCCCAAAUGCCGUCUUAUGUCCACGACAUAAAGGUAAAAAAUGAUCUCCAAUUAAAAGCACUACCAGGUAAGAGUCUCGGUAGUCAUGAACGAGAUCAUCACGGCCGGGAGUUGUCGCAAAGUCAGCCCCCCUCAUUACUAUCAGACCACAAGAGCUCGGUAAUAGUAAAAAAUGAGCAAGGUCGUGGAGGAAAUGACCUCUCAAAAGUACCACCACCCCACUCGUCGAGUCCAAAGAUGAUGUCUUACAUGGUGCAACCAGUGGCACCACCCCAAGGACCACCACCCUCCAGCCACAAAACUCCCGUAACUUACGAGUACCGGAGUCCAACCCAGAGCCCGCAUCACCUGCAUCACCUAGAAAGCUUGCAGGCAAAAGGAUUACCGAGUCACCACCGUUCGCCAGCUGGACACACUCAGUCGCCUCACGGGCAUUCGUCGUCACAUUCGCACAACCGUCAGUCGCCUCACAGUCAGCCUCAUCCCCAUCAAACGCCCCACCCAUCACCACCAGAGCCACGUUACCUCAGCAGGCCUGAACCCGGAUUGCUCUACGCAUCAUCAAAGCCCUCAUACUCGUACCCCCAUCAACCAAACGCCUCACCGACCUCUCACUACGCCGCACCACCGGGUUCCAAGCCAAAAGUGAGCAGCCCAGCGCCGCCUCACAUCUACGGGAAUCCAGGAAACCCCGGUAUCUUAACCGGAACACCAGUGUGUCGUGCGUCUGAGCCAGCAGCGCCAGCCCCGUUGCCACUGACGUCAAAGGCUCCAGGUAGUUCGCCUUACCAGCAAGUGCCUCAUCAUCACGGGGUGCCACCAUCCAGGAAUUUACCGCCUCCAGCAGCACACAGUCGCUCUCCGUACGAUUCACGUGGCUUUCCAGUUGGCUCUCCGUUACCUUCGUCAAAAUUGCCGCCUCAGUUGCACGGAUCUCCUCCAACUGUAGCCUCAGCGCCUCUAUCACGUCCCACGGUAACGCAUCCGUCGCACCACGUGAACAAUCCACAUCAACCUGGUGGCCCAGCACCGUCGUCGUUGCAACAGCAACAGCCACCAAUGGUUGUUCCGUCGUUUCAAACUCAACCAUUGGAUCUGGGUGUUGAGCGUUCAAUCUCACCGAAGCGUAAAGCUUCCACACCGACUGAUCAUCUAGGUCAGCCUGUCUCUCUAGAGAUUAAAAAACGACGUACGGAAGAACCACCCACUCCUUUAUCCCUACAGUGUGUUGGACCGCCUGUACUGUCUAGGGUGAGUGAACCAAGUCCGCUGAUUGCUUCGGCCGCAACUUCUAUCACCACUGUUGUCAAUAAUGCGCUGCUGGUACAGUCAACCAUUAAUAAUACUACUGUUAAUACUACUACUACGACUACUGUAACUACUGCUACUAUUAAUAGUAAUAAUAAUCCUAAUAAUAAUAUUAAUAGUAAUAAUAAUAGUAAUAGUAAUAAUGAUAAUACUAGUAUUAAUACUGAUAAUGUUCAAACACAUCAACAACUACAACAGUCGCAGCUAUCACAAGAUCCAGCUGUUGUUGUUUCUGUAAGCCCGGCACCAAGAACAACCAGUGCUGAUGGAUCCGUCCGGCCUGCUAGUACUGGUAGUGUUAAUUCGUUGCAUCAAAUUACGACAAGUCCAGCACCUACAGCAAGUCCUGCUCCACCAACGGCUGCACCCAGUCCCUCGCCGCUGAGUGCGCCCGGAACUCCAGCUAAGACUCCGGCUAAUAAUACUGAUAGUGAAAAGUCGAAUAGUCCAGCACCCAGGCCGCCGAGUAGGACUAAUUAUCCUGUGCACAAGCUUAAAAAAGCUUGGUUACAAAGACACUCUGGUGAGGAUGGUACUGAGGAUACUACUGGUGUUAUCGGCAGUGGUUCUUGUGUUACGUUACCAUUAAAUAGUGCUCAGGCGCCCUCUCAGCCCCUACACAAAGAACGUGAAUCUACUAUCAGUAAUAGUAAUAGUACGGCUAAUACGACGACUAGUCUACCCAGUGCUGUUAAUUCUAUUCAUAAUAUUGGAAGUAUGGCUGUUAAUAGUAUAAAUAAACCUAAAGGUACUGGCAAAGCUGGGAGAAAACCGCUCAAUAAAGAAACUUUAAAUGGACAUACUAAUGAAACUAAAAAUCUUCAAGAAGAUUCAUCGAGCAGCGAUCCUGAGAGGAAGUCGCCGCCUAAGAGAAAACCGCCCAAGGUAAAACGAAAGAAGGGAGCCCCGAGGAGACAACAGGCAGCUGUUGAAGAACAAAGACGCAGAAAAGAUGACAAACAAGUAACAGGAAAUACCGGUAGUGUGGCAAAUUCUACUGCUGCUGCUGUUGCUGCUGGAAGUGAUUCUAGCAACGAAAGUGAAGCUGGAUCAGCUAGCGACACCAGUGAACAACUUACCUCCUCAUCGUCUAUUCAGCCUACUCCUAAAAGAAAUACCACAAAUAUCACUACCAAUAAUUCAACUAACUCCAACAAUUCUACUGGAAAUGGAAACACCAACAAGGAGCCACGAAAAAGAGGCAGACGACCAAAGAAUUCGAAGGGAAACGACGCCGGAGGGGGCGAGGAUCAACCUCGUCCAAAAAAAGAGCGUAAAGAUGACAGCUCAAGCGGGAAUGGCGGUGCCGGUGGCGAAGGCGGUGGUAACGGUGGAAACGGUCAAGGCGGAGGUAGUGGAAAAAGUAAUCCCUUUUGUAAACCACCUACAUCGCAGUUGAAAAAAACCGGCGACAGUUGGCUUCAAGACUUAGCGUGCUGCGAUGUUGCACCUAAAUUAGCUAAAUGCCGUGAAUGUCGUUACCUCGCCAAAAGCACAUUGUCAAGAAUUAAAAAACAAACAGUCUUCUGUCGUUUUUAUGCAUUUCGUCGGCUCCGAUAUACUAAAAAUGGUCAAUUGGCUAUUGCCGGAUUUAGCGAUCCACACAAAGAUGCAUCUGAGGAAGACGUACAGUUAUGGUUACCGGGUAAUAUGGAUCAAAAUUCGAAGGAAAAGGAUGAAAAAACAGAAAAAAGUGAGAAGGAUAAAGGUGCAGAUAGAUUAGAUCUAGACAAGGAAAUGGCUUACCGCUUGUUACGUCAAGUGGGCGAUCAAUUUUGUGAUCUUUUACGCCAGGAAAAAGAAGCACUUUCUGAGCACAUAGCUGACGCGGAUAAUGGAAUUGUAGACAGUACAGUUGCGUGGAAGCGAGUCGUCCAGGGUGUACGUGAGAUGUGCGACGUUUGCGAAACAACACUUUUCAAUUACCACUGGGUCUGCGGUAAAUGUGGUUUCGCUGUUUGCAUCGAUUGUUUUAAGGGACGUAAAAAUGGAACCGUGACUAUUUGGGGUGAAAGUGGAAAAGAUCGUGACGAUUGUGGCUGGUUACUGUGUACAAAUCGGCAAAUCCACGCGCCAGAUCGUCUAAUGUUAACCCAAAUAAUAGCAGGCGACAGUUUACCUCAGUUAGGACAACGCUUGCAUGAUGUAAGAGCUGAAUGGGGAAUUCCACAACACUGUGAUUGUUCACUAGUAUCAUCAACUCCACCUAACGAUACACUCCGUAAUUCUAUAAAAGGUGACUCAGUAACAGUCACAACAAAUGGAAACAUCAAGCAAGAAAUAAAAGAAGAAAAGAACUCGGAUGAUACCGCGAAUGGUUCGUCAGAAGGUAAAGCCAAUGGGGAAGAAAAUUCACCCUUAAAUUGGUUAGCCGACGUAGCGUUGCAAAAUCAAGAUAAAAAUGACAGUGGCUCUAGUUCGGACUCAGACGAGGAUCGUGACGGUAAUUACUCUACCUUGCGUGAAUUAUUGAUCCGUCCAUCACACAAACCCAAUGGUAAUGGUUCACGGUCAAAUUCUCCGACGAAUGUUAAUUCACCUGGACCUACGAGCAACAAUAUCGUUAAGCAGGGUAAAAAAUCCAAGAUGGACGCACUUGAUGAGGUAAUAUCGAGUGUAAUUGAACACACAGCUAAAGAAGAACGCGAUAGGAACGAGUCUGGAGAAAAAACUUGUGAGCUGAAACAUUUUGUGCGUCGCUACAAGUGGACCGAACGUGGGCGUGAGCCAUUGCCAAUUAGAAUAAUGACAUUAACCGAGAGUAAAAGUCUUUAUCCAAAUGUACCACAUUCCUGGUUGUGUAAUGGUAAAUUAUUGCGGUUAAAUGAGCCUCAUAAUAUCAACAAUUAUCGCAUAUUUCAAGACCAAUGGAAACGUGGUCAGCCAGUUAUUGUAUCAGAUGUAUCUAAAUCACUUAACAUGGAUCUCUGGCACCCAGAUUCAUUUGCGCGAGACUUUGGUGAUGAAAAAAAUGAUUUGGUUAAUUGUAUGACUGGUCACACAGUACCUCAUCAACCUAUGCGUAAAUUUUGGGAAGGUUUUGAGCAUUUUUCAAAACGUCUUAAAGAUGAUAAAGGCAAUCCAAUGCUUUUGAAACUAAAAGACUGGCCGCCGGGUGAAGAUUUUGCUGAAUUAUUACCAUCGCGUUACGCUGAUCUCAUGAAAGUAUUACCAUUGUCUGAGUACACUCAUCGUAAUGGACGAUUAAAUUUAGCAAGCAGAUUACCUGACUGCUUUGUAAGGCCGGACUUGGGGCCUAAAAUGUACAAUGCAUAUGGCUCAGCGCUCUACUCGAAUAAAGGAACGACUAAUUUACAUCUUGAUAUAUCUGAUGCUGUAAAUGUUAUGGUUUACGUGGGUAUUCCUCAAGAUGGUGACAGUGAAGAGCAUAUUAAGGAAGCACUGAGAGCUGUCGAUGAAGCAGGCUGUGAUAUUUUGACUCGUCGACGUGUACGUGAACGUGGUGAAGCACCUGGUGCUCUCUGGCACAUUUAUGCUGCUCGUGAUGCUGAUAAAAUUCGCGAUCUGCUUAAUGCUGUUGCUCUGGAACGUGGCGCACGUUUAGAGCCACACCAUGAUCCUAUUCAUGAUCAAAGCUGCUAUCUUGAUGGUCAUCUACGUGAACGAUUGUACCGUGAAUAUGGUGUUGAAGGGUACGCAAUUGUUCAGUGUCUAGGUGACGCAGUAUUUGUACCAGCAGGUGCACCACAUCAAGUUCGUAAUCUCCACAACUGUAUUAAAGUUGCUGAAGAUUUUGUAUCACCUGAAAAUGUAUCUCACUGUUUCCAUUUAACUCAAGAGUUCCGUGCCCUAUCAGACACUCACACUAAUCACGAAGAUAAAUUACAAAUAAAAAAUAUUAUUUAUCACGCGGUUAAAGAUUCAUUGACUGUAUUAGCUAAUGCUAAGGAGGAGGCAUUGCAACAACAACAACAACCACAACAGCAACAGGCUGCAGCUAAAACAAAAUCUACUGAUAUUAAAAUUAAAGAUGAACCCAAACGUGAAACUUGA